UCUUCUUCAUAAUUAGUGUACCUUUUUUCUCAAUUCAUUUAAUAAAUAAACCUUCACCUUAUAAUGAUGAUGAUGAAAUAAUAGCCACUUUGUAUAUCUAUGUACACAUAUUUUCUCAAACAUCUUUCAUUUCAAUACCCAACAUUCUUUUCUUCUUUAAUUUUUUUUCUUGUAAUUUACAAUGAGAAAAUACCAUCUUCUUUCACUAAUCUCAAGCUAUUGCCUAUGGAUUCUUGCAUUUGCAUUUAGUUUAGUGUUAUUAGGAGCAAUUUCAAGGUCAACACAAAACAUAUUUUCCGAAAAAGUCAACGAUUUUCAAGUUCCAAGAAGAAAUACUAAUAGAAUAAUCCCAUCAAAAGAGAAAGGAAAUCCUCCAAUCCUUGCUUAUUGGAUUUAUGGUACUAAUGGAGACAAUGAGAGAAUAAUUCGGCUUUUAAAGGCGAUAUAUCAUCCAAGAAAUCGAUACCUACUUCAACUUGAUUCGGGUGCUUCAGAUCACGAAAGAGAGAGUUUAGCGCUUUUUGUUCAAUCAGAGAAAGCGUUUCAAGCUUUUGAGAAUGUUGAUGUUGUUGGAAAGAGUUAUGCAAUAAACGAGAUUGGAUCGUCGGUUGUUGCAGCAACGCUACACGCUGCAGCGUUGCUUCUCAAGAUUAAUUCGGAUUGGGAUUGGUUUAUCACAUUAAGUGCUGCUGAUUAUCCACUAAUGACUCAAGAUGAUCUUCUCCAUGCUCUCACUUUCUUGCCAAGAAAUCUCAAUUUCGUUCGAUACAAUGCAAGUCGAUGGAAAGAGAGACAAACUGCCAAUCGAAUUGUUAUAGAUCCAAGUUUGUAUAACAAAAAAAGCAGUCCAAUUAUGUAUUCUGUAGAAACUAGACAUACCCCUGAAGCUUUUACUGUAUUUGGAGGUUCUCCUUGGGUGAUUUUAACAAGAGAAUUUAUGGAGUAUUGUAUCCAAGGAUGGGACAAUUUACCAAGAAGAUUACUAAUGUACAUAAGCAAUGUGAUAUACCCUCUUGAGUCCUACUUCCACACACUUCUAUGCAACUCAAAUUUAUUCAAAAAUACCACAAUACUCAACGAUGACCUAAGUUACACACUUUGGGAUUCAACAUUUGAGAUCUCUCAACUCCUCACCAUCUCACAUUUUGACCAACUCAUGUCUAGCACCGGAACAUCAGCUUUUGCAAGACCGUUCGAAGCAAAUGAUCCAGUGCUAGACAAGAUCGAUGUCACCAUUCUCAACCGAACUCGAAAGGGUUUUGUCACUGGAGAAUGGUGCAGUUCUGUUAGUGAUCAUGAAAACGAAAAAGAGAGUAAGAAGAAGUUAUCGUCAUCAUUGUUAGAUGAUGAGUUGAGUUGUCAAAGUUGGGGAAGCAUUGACAUUGUGAAGCCUAGUUCUAUUGGAGUUAAUUUGGAAGUGUUUUUGACUAAACUUGCUCAAAUUAACACAUUAUUUGGAUCUUCUAUUUGUUCCAAAGACAAUAAGUAAUGAUGAUUUAUCAAUCUAGAAAAGUAGUAAAAAAAACACAAGUUUUUGAUAUAGCUAGAUAUCAUUGGCCAUUUGCAUCUUUUUUUGCUUGUUGUAAAGAAAAAAAAAGAAGCAAAAGUGUAGAUUAAUUUUAUGAUAGCAAACAUAUGUUAUCAAAUAAAAUUUUAGUAGUGACGGAUUUUUUUUUUGGG